AAGGUAAACAUUAUGCAUUUGAUUUGCAAAUGUUACGUCUCUAGUUUAUGUUCAUUUUUUGCCCACUGUCAAUUGCCACCAAUUAAUCAGUUCUACCUUUUUGUACGUUAGAAAUACAUUGUAGACCAGACAUGUACUUAUUCCCACGCCUAGUAGAAUGUCCCCAGGCUUUUUAAUUGGCUUCACGUCACUCUGAAUGAAGACAUGAUUCAAUGACCGACCUUGGUCUCGCCUAUACCAGUGUCUCACCGAUCUAGGCCACAUCAUGUGAUUCGACGCCUCAAAAACGUUGAUCCAUACAUGUAUACAUAGGUUGUAUGACGAAUCUUCACCACAAUGGCUCGUAAGAAAGACCUGAGAUUUCUCUCCUGUCUCGUUGUAUUCAUGGUCAUGUGCCUGGCCAUGUACUUGGUCAUACUGAGUCAGCCAAAAAAGCACGGUCACAAACCGUCUAAGAAACACCUCAUCCAUAAAAAGUCGCGUUCAGAGAGUCAGCCGAGCCCAGCAAGCUUGUCGCACAACAACAAUGUCCUCCCCCAACAAAAAUCACAUCCUCAACAGUGCACAGAGAAGAAGCGGAUUGCGCUGUUGAAAAAUCACAAAGUCGGAGGCGACACGGUCAAGAACAUCCUGAACCGAUACGGCUACAACAAGAAUCUUACCUUCCUCAUCCCUAGAAGCUUUGCUCCGAGCUUAGCUUAUCCCUACAAUCUCAACCCGAACACGGUCAUAGGCCGCCCUCCCAACAAAACAUACGACAUCUGGGUCCACCAUGCGGUCUUCGAGAGAGACGUCUUCAGGAAAUAUUUUCCGAACGAUACCGUCUUCUUAACCAUCUUAAGGAAUCCGCUGAGUCACUUCAAGUCAGUGUGGAACCACUACCAACUUAGGAAGAAAUUCGGCAUCCCAACGACUAAGAUAGACUCCAUUCUUAUGUUCCUGCGAGAGCCGGCUAUAUACGAUCCUAUAUGCGGUCACGGGUCACACGAGCCACUGUGCUUUACACAAAACUCCAUGGCCGCCGAUCUCGGCUUUCCACUGAAAGACAACGAAAAACUCCAGUCAUUAAAAAGCGAGAAGACCAGAAUGGCGAUGGCUCAAAAGUUUGUACAGAGAAUUCAAGAAGACUUCCCGUUUGUCAUGAUUAUGGAAUAUUUCGAUGAAUCCUUGGUGUUACUGAAACGAAUGAUGUGCUGGUCUAUGAAGGAUAUCGUCUACUACAGCGUCAACUCUAAGAGAUAUUCGUACAAGCACGUCGAAAUCGAGGGGAAAGACAAGGAAAGACACGAGGAGUGGAACUACGUGGACUAUGCCCUCUACGACCACUUUAAUAAGACGUUUUGGCAGAAGGUGGGAGAGGCGGGGAACGGUUUCUGGGAGGAGGUCCGUUUCUUCCGGAUGGUGAACGAGAAAAUGCGAGAUCACUGCGCCGCUUUGAUCCAGAAGGGUGCCCCGUGUUCUCGGUACGGAGCUACGCUUGAAGUCAGCGACACACAGUGGGGACCAGGCUUCACAAUAGAUAGGGAAUUCUGCUUGCUAGCCAGGAGGGGACUGAGAUGCCAUUUUACAUUACAAGCAGAGAGGUUAACUAGAGCUCUCGGUCUCAGAAGCAAAGGAACACACAAGAGCGCUCUAAAUGCAGCAGAGAAGGAACUAAACCGCCACUGUAAUUACUGUCAACUUAAGAUUAGGUGUAACAAGGAAGACUACUUGGCCCACUUCUACAGAGAGGGUUAUAUCAGCGCACGGCAGUACGGUGAAUUCAAGAAAAUUUCCUUUCCUAAACUUUCAAGUUGUUCACUCCCUCCUACAGUACUGAGACCGGAAUCCCAACAAAAAUUAACUCGAUAAGAGUAAAUACUCUUCUUAUAAGAGCGUAAAAGGGUAAAAUAAAUUAAAACUAUUAAACCUAAUAAAAUAUAAAUAAAAUGAGCAGAUGUAUGAGCAGAUUAGGUAUAUGUUUAUGCUAUAUGAAUACAUAUUACUACAAAAACACACAUUCGAUUCAAAAGUCCAUUCAUGUUGUAAAAUUAAGUCUAUUUACGAAGAAUCAAGCUCUAAGCUAUGGGAGAGAGUGGGUGAGCUCUACAUUUGGGCCUGGCGAAAUGUGUACGUACUGCAGAAAUCGUUGCCAUUUUUAGAAACCAACGUAUCCGUCCGUGGCGACAUUCAGUUGUGACGUCUGCGAAUGACAAGUUUUUUUAUUAUUUCCCAGACGAGACAAGUUGCACGUGUUACAUGACUAGACGGUCUGUGCUACACGUACUACCUACUACACACAUUAUUACCAAAACAUACAUGUACGUCAUGGUAUGACGGACACCGUCUUCACAUUCCAAUGCAGCCGAU